AUGGCCCAGAGCACGAUGCAAGACUUGAGUGGGCCAAAGCCGGCGACCAGACAUGUCGAAGGCUCGCAUAUCCCCACCGACACUGCCAAGAUUCACAAUGGUGACGCCGCAUUGGCUUUAUUCGACAACCUCGAGGACAUGCACGAGGGUUUCGAGGUCGGGGAAGAGAAAAAGCUCGUUCGAAAAAUUGACCUGAUGAUAUUGCCAUUCUUAGCAGUCUGUUAUGCAUUCUACUAUAUUGACAAAACAACUUUGUCGUAUGCUGCCAUCUUUGGGAUUCGGGAUGACCUGAAUCUCUCCGGCAAAGAAUACUCAUGGCUCUCGAGUGUCUUCUACUUUGGCUUCUUGGUGUGGUCGUUUCCCACCAACCUGCUGAUGCAGAGAUUCCCGGUUGGCAAGUAUCUGGGUGUCAACAUCUUUCUCUGGGGCUUUUUCUUGAUGCUGCAGGCGGCCGCGAAGAAUUUUACCCAACUUGCCGUGCUACGAGUCAUAUCGGGCGCCGCCGAAGCAUGCAGUGACCCCGCAUUCAUGCUCAUCACAAGUAUGUGGUAUACCCGUCGUCAACAGCCCAUUCGAAUCGGCCUGUGGUAUACGGCCAACGGCUUCGGCAUCGCCAUCGGUGGGCUGUUUGGAUACGGCAUCGGACAGAUCAAGGGAAGUCUUCCCUCUUGGAAGUAUGAGUUCCUCAUUAUUGGGGCCCUGUGCUGUAUCUGGGGUAUCGUCAUGGUCAUCUUCCUUCCAGACUCCCCAGUCACGGCGCCUCAACUCUCGGACCGCGAAAAGCGACUGGCCGUUGAGCGCCUGCGAGACAACCAAACGGGCGUGGAGAAUCGGACCAUGAAGCCCAAACAGAUUGUGGAAGCAUUUUUGGACUGGAAAGUCUGGGUCUUCUUCUUGCUCGGCUUCUCCGGUAAUAUUCCCAAUGGAGGCAUUUCCAACUUUGGUACCUUGAUCAUCCAGGGCUUUGGUUUCUCUACUUUGGUCACAACGCUCAUGCAGAUUCCCUAUGGAGCGUUUAUUGCCUUUAUGAUCCUGACCGCAGUAUUUGUCAACGAUCGCCUCCCACAAGGCAAUCGCUGCAUCGUCGCGGUGGCGUUUCUCCUUCCCAACCUGGCCGGCUCCUUUGGUUUACACUACGUGCCCGAAACUAAUCAGGUGGGCCGAUUAAUCUGCUACUAUCUGACCGGCUCGUAUAAUGCCUCUUUCGUGAUCAUUCUGUCCAUCUUGACGGGCAACAUUGCCGGUCAUACCAAGAAAGUGGUCACCAACGCGAUGAUCUUUCUGGGCGUCUGCGUCGGGAACAUUGCCGGACCUUUCUUCUAUAAGUCCGAGCAGGCCCCCAGUUACGAGUUGGGCAUUUGGUCGAUGAUCGUGGCCAACGUGGUGGAAAUUGCUUUGAUUAUCAUUCUAGGAUUCGCGCUCGCAUGGGAGAAUCGACGCCGCGACCGGGUGCAAGGUGUAAUCUGCGGUAGCCAGACGGACUACGAGCGGCAGUUAGAGCUUGAUCGGACUGCGUUUAGUGAUUUGACUGACAAGGAGAACCUCAACUUCCGCUACCUCUACUAG